CCGGCGGCAGCAGGCACGCAGCGGGAUCGGGAGCGGUGACAGGCUAUUGCUCGGCGCUCCCUCGGCCAGAUCACUCCUACCGCUCCCUCACUCAAUACCGCCAGCAUUAGAGAGCGAUUAGGGUAGAUGUAGAUGCUCUGCUGCCCGUCGCUACUAGCAAGAAUGUCAUCAGACCGCAAAGCAGUGGUUAAGAAUGCCGACAUGUCGGAGGAGAUGCAGCAGGAUGCUGUAGACUGUGCCACUCAGGCUAUCGAGAAGUUUAACAUAGAGAAGGAUAUUGCAGCCUAUAUCAAAAAGGAGUUUGACAAGAAAUAUAACCCCACAUGGCACUGUAUUGUUGGUCGUAACUUUGGCAGCUAUGUGACUCAUGAGACCAAGCACUUCAUCUACUUCUAUCUGGGCCAAGUAGCCAUUCUUCUCUUCAAGAGUGGUUAAAAAGAAAGCCCCCUCCUUCACCCCCACCCAUAUCAAUGCCAGGGUUUUUCACCAUGUUAGAUGUGCAUUUCAAGAGCAGGUGAAUUGGCCCCAAACUAAACAAAAUACCUCUGCCCCGUGGGGGAUGGAGGGUUAUAAACAUCCAUUUCCAGGGGCUGCUUAACAUGUGCAGUGCUGCUAGGUUGCUAGCUAGAGAGCUAAGCUCUCAAUUUCACUCUCCAAAGCACACGUUUUGUUGCAUUGCUAAGCAGAUGUUAGCAAAUGUCUCAGAGGAAGACUGGUUUGCUUUCAGAGCGCCAUACCUGGCAGCACUUCGCUUUUUGAACUGGUCAUGGCACAUCUUUUUUACAUUUCCAGUUUUUCUCAGUGUACCUCUUAAAAGCUCAGAAGCUUUUAUUUCAUCACGGCAGCUAGAUUGGUGUCUGCUAAUCACCCAUCCUGCUGUUGUGGUGACUGACCAGUGUGAAUGAAAGUAUUUAUUUAAUAUUUGUAAUUACUCUGCACAAUGCCCAUCGUCAGUUUUCAUAAAUUUCCUCUUCUCUAUAAAAGUAGUUAGGAUUCAUCCUGUGGUCCUCAUCUUUAUGCAUCUUAAAAAGAGAGAUUUGUGUCCAAUGCAGUUUGAAAGUUGAUGCAUAACCCUGUCUGCAAAAAAUUUCCUGAAGCAAAUUCUGUACUUACAGUCUCUUUGCUUGUGAUAGUUAUCUCUAGCUAGUAGUUCAUCUCGAUUCAUCUUGAAAGGUAACUUGUUAAUUACCCUCUUCAGAUAUUUACUGCUGUUGGUUAUUUCGGCUUCAUAUCCAAUAGUAGGAUCUCGGACUGUCCCUCAGGUAGUGUGAAUCUCAAGAUUCCAUAUCACAGACUCAUAAUCAUGCCAAGACUCUAAAUGUCAGAUCACGCCAUGAGGGAUGGUGUACAUACAAGUUGUAUAUUUCAUCCUUUGCAGCAUCUUGUUUCGGACCAUUCACCUUCCAGGUUAUAAAGGUGCAUUAGGUAUCAUUAAUAACAGCAGCUUUGCACUAGUUCACAUUUGGCUGCUCAAUCAAUAACUCAAUUUUUGUGCCUGUGGAUUAACAUUUAAAACUUUAGUUGUGAGGAAACCUUUCUUAGUUUUGAAAAACAUUUAAAACUUUAGUUGUGAGGAAACCUAUCUUAGUUUUGAAAAACAUAUUGUUUUUAUUGUGAAUUGUAUAUUCUUUUCAAUAAGUAAGAUGCAGAAACAGAUUAAAAAUUAGUUUGAGAACAUUUGUCAAAUACUGUGUUCUGUGAUGUUCAUCAAAGUAAAUACAAUCUAUUUAUGUGU